CGGCGGGCGCCGGCGCGGGGGACCUCGCGGGCGGCGGCGGACGGCGGGUGCCCAGCACCGAGUCCCGGCCGGAGCCGCCCGCUUUGCAUACGCCGUGGGCGGAGCGGGGGGCCGGGCCAAUGGGCGGCCGCCUGGCGCGACCCCGCGGGGCGCGAUCCGCCCCCCUCGCUCGGGCCCCGGCCCCGCGCGGCGCGCUCUUCACUUCUUGGGGGCUUUUUAAAACAGCGCCACUGGGGUCUCUCCAUGCGGCUCGGGCUAUGACAGCCUCCGUGCUCCUUCACCCCCGCUGGAUCGAGCCCACCGUCAUGUUCCUCUACGACAACGGCGGCCUCGUGGCCGACGAGCUCAACAAGAACAUGGAAGGGGCGGCGGCGGCGGCGGCGGCAGCGGCGGCGGCGGCGGCCGGGGCUGGGGGCGGGGGCUUCCCCCACCCAGCUGCCGCGGCCGCGGGGGGCAACUUCUCCGUGGCUGCGGCGGCCGCGGCGGCGGCGGCGGCGGCGGCCAACCAGUGCCGCAACUUGAUGGCGCACCCGGCGCCCCUGGCGCCCGGGGCCGCGGCCGCGUACAGCAGCGCGCCGGGGGAGGCACCCCCGUCGGCCGCCGCCGCCGCCGCUGCAGCCGCCGCCGCCGCCGCCGCGGCCGCCGCGGCGUCGUCCUCCGGAGGGCCCGGCCCUGCGGGCCCGGCGGGAGCCGAGGCGGCCAAGCAGUGCAGCCCCUGCUCGGCGGCGGCGCAGAGCUCGUCGGGGCCAGCGGCGCUGCCCUACGGCUAUUUCGGCAGCGGCUACUACCCGUGCGCCCGCAUGGGCCCGCACCCCAACGCCAUCAAGUCGUGCGCGCAGCCCGCCUCGGCCGCCGCCGCCGCCUUCGCGGACAAGUAUAUGGAGACCGCCGGCCCGGCGGCCGAGGAGUUCAGCUCACGCGCUAAGGAGUUCGCCUUCUACCACCAGGGCUACGCGCCCGGGCCUUACCACCACCAUCAGCCCGUGCCUGGCUACCUGGAUAUGCCGGUGGUGCCUGGCCUCGGGGGCCCCGGCGAGUCGCGCCACGAGCCCCUGGGUCUUCCCAUGGAAAGCUACCAGCCCUGGGCGCUGCCCAACGGCUGGAACGGCCAAAUGUACUGCCCCAAAGAGCAGGCGCAGCCUCCCCACCUCUGGAAGUCCACUCUGCCCGACGUGGUCUCUCAUCCCUCAGAUGCCAGCUCCUACAGGCGGGGGAGAAAGAAGCGCGUCCCUUACACCAAGGUGCAAUUAAAAGAACUUGAGCGGGAAUAUGCUACAAACAAAUUCAUUACCAAGGACAAACGGAGGCGUAUAUCAGCCACCACCAACCUCUCGGAGCGGCAAGUGACGAUCUGGUUCCAGAACAGGAGGGUCAAAGAGAAAAAAGUCAUCAACAAACUGAAGACCACUAGUUAAUGGAUUAAAAGCGGAGGAAGAGGGCAACUUGCAGGAACGCUUCACAACUCAUUGCUUUACCCAGAUAACGAUUCUAAAGCUUAAUAAUAAUUGAAGAAUGGGAAAGAGAGAGAGAGACACUGGCAUUUUGCUUUCCCAGGGGGGAUCUCUUUCUCCUUGGUGGAAUCGACUAUUUUAAAACUUUAAGACAUGGUAAAGACUGCCAGUUCUUCCGCCAGCCCCACUGACAAACUCUAGAGUCACACGUCAGCCCCCAAACACGCCAUUUCAGAUAAGUUACGCUUUUACUGAGAUCUUGUAAGUAUUUAUGUGACCGUUAUGUUUUAGGACAUUAUGGUAUAGGGUAAGAAUCCAAGCACCGGUGGCAAAAGCAAGAGGCCGCUGUGACCAUCUGCGUGUCCUGCGCCACCGCCAUCCCCCUUCGCGUGUUGUUAAGUGACUGCUCAGGUAAACCUUAGUGAAAACCCUACCGUUGUGCAUUCUGCAAAACAGGUCAUGGAGAGCUUUAGACGGGAGAAGGGAAGGUGCUGAAGUAAUGAUUUGGGGCUGUUUUCUGUGGGGGGGAGACAGGGAGGGAAAGCCCGUCCAAGGAUCAUUUGUCUUGGUAGUCACUGCAACCCGCUGAGCCUCUGGGGCUGCAAGGGAACCCCAGGCUGGGAAAUGUCCUUCUGAUAAUCACUUUUGUGUGCUUACAGCACGCAUAUUUCUGUGGCAUUUGGACUGUAUUUUCUGCCCUGAUAUCAUUUACUCUCCAAAGUAUUUGAUACAAUUUUUAAAAAGUAUUCAAAGCAUCAGCCCAUUCACAGAAUUCACUUUCUGUCGGAUCUCCAGAGAAGCACCGCCCCAACAUGGUGGACUUUGGUUUAAGUACAAUUAAUUUUUCAAAUUUACAUUGCUUUUUUCCAAUAUUUACUAAACAUAUUGCUGGAGAAAUAAUUUUCUUCCUUCCUUUCCUUUCUUUUUUUUUCUUUUCUUUCUUUUAGAAAACUCAGAAUGGAAAUCCAUUCCCCUGAAAUAUUUAGAUGUUUACAUUCUAUAUUUUGAUCUGUUAAGGGAUUCGUAUUUUUCCAUGUUUAUUGUGUUACAAGGCCGCAUUAGAAAGUGUAGGAAUUCAUCUUCACAGCACAUUUUUAACCCAGCAGUUACUUCAGCCAGCACAUUCAUUUUGUUCAUGCUCACUAUAAAAUGCUAUCUUGUAAAUAAAGACAUUAAGCACACUGUGAACAUGUAUUUGUGCACCUGCUUUCCAAAUAUUCCUAAAAAUAAUAAUUCAAAAGCCUUAGACCUGUAGAUAGUGCUAUAGUGGUGUUAAUUAUGUUAAUAAAAUAGUCACUGCCAUUAAAAGCUGAAAGAAAUACUCAUUAUUUUCCUAUGCUGAACGUGCCCUGCACAGAAAGAAAAGAAGCCGGUUUGUUCUACAUAAACCAAGGACCAUUCUUUUCUCUUAUUAUUUAGUUGGGCUUUUUUUUCCCUACAAAUUUUUUAAGCAAAGGGAGAAAUCCCUCACAACUAAAAUCCUAAAAAUUUAUAAAAGUGCUUCAAGAAGGUUAAAAUGUCAGGUAUUCUGAAAAUGAGAAAAAGAAAAAGAAAAGAGGAAGAGAUAGUGUAAGUUCUCAGGCUCCCUGUAGAAAAUGAAAACCAGUUGUUUAGUAUCAGUGAUGCCCAGGCUGUCGUAUUUUAAAAUCUGCUGUUGGAUCUGCAUGCGUCUGAGAGGGCAGGUUUUGAUAUUUGUUGAAAUGACAGGACUAGGAAAGGCCUUAAACCUUGACCUUGAGAAAAAAAGACAAUUUGUGACCUUGACUUUUGACAGCUCAUGAAUUGGCCUGGGCUGGAUUAGUAGAUCAAGGGCGCCACCUCGUGUUGACAAGCUCUCUUGUAAUUCUUCAGCUUCAAGGGAAUCAAAAGGUCUUACUUUCUUGACUCCUUAGAGAUUUAGUACUCAUUUGUUUGGCUCCAGACGGAGCAAAUUUCAAUAUAUGUAAUUUAUACAUGUGCCUGUACAUAUGUAAAUAUAUAUCAUAUAUGUGUAUACAUAUAUGCAUAUCAGUGCUUGUGUGUGCUUGUGUGUGUGUGUAUAUAUAUAUUUGUAGAAUCUGUACAGAUAUAGUAUCAUUAAUUACUGAUGACCUGAGAUGUUGUAAUUUAAGGUGAUUUCCAGAGUUGAGGUACAAAAUGUACUUUACUUGAUGAAGUGUUGCUCCUCUUCUUUAAUGGCCAAGUUCAAUUUGUUUUCACAGUGACUCAUUCUGCAUAAGAUAUCUGCAGAUCUGCUUUAAAGCUGUACCUUCUUGUCACAAUCUAAAAGGUGUUCUUAAAUAACCAGUCUUUUCUGGCCCUCACCCUCCAAGGGGGUCUACCACCCUAAUCAGAGCUGUAGGUGAGUCUAUACAGCAAAUAAAAAGCUUCAGAUGCCUCACUGACUCUAGGGUUCUAGAGUUACAUUUCAGAAAUUCAAAGAAACCCACCUCUUAAGAGGUUCGUAUGGAGAGCUUAAAGAUCUCGUGUUUACAAAAUGACCAUAAUAUAGACGCAGAAGGAGCGUGAUCCGGGACAGCUCAGAGCUGAGUGCGGCUCCUGGGUGGUGUGCAACCUUGCAGUGAUGUUUGCAGAAGCUGCCAUUUGACUUGGUGAAGAUAUGUGUACAUUUAAUAUUAAUAACCACCAUCGAAACUCUGAUAAUUAUUGUUUCUACUAUGCUGUGACCCCUAACAACACAUCAGGUGCUGUGUUUAGAGUCAUAAAUAAUACAUACGUAUGUUUAUAUGUAUUUAAUAUACACACAGGGUAAUGUUUUUGUGGGACCCAUGCUAUGCACAUGUGUAUUGCAAUGUUGGUGGAACCAGGAGCCUUAUGAUGCAGAAUUUUGAAAUGAGGUUAAUUUUAUCUUUAUGUUAGAGGAAAGUCAUUGCGACCGGAAGAAACGUAUUCAUCAUUUUACGGAAAAUAAAUAAUCGAUUGGUUUCAAACCUGAUGGAAACCUCUCCAACCCGAAGACAUAAAGCUUGUUUCUAGAUGGAGAAUUACAGAAGGCCUCUCUGAGGCUGUCUCAAAAACAGCACGGCCUUGACAUACACUUGUGGAGCGGCCUUGUGACGUGCAACCAAAUCUCGCUGCCCCGAGGACUUGACUCCACCGCGGAAACACAGUGGAAACGAUGCCUCGGACCCACCUCCCCAGUCUGGUGCCACAACACCCCAUUGCCGACUGAGCUGCCAUCAUUCCAAAGUAACAAACAGCCUUCACCCCAAAUGUUUAACGUGGUGGGAAAUCCCCUCCAAACUGGAUCGCACGGUGUGUUUACGAACGGCUCCAAAGGGGACUCUUCCGUUGAUGGAGAUAUUUUUCUUUAGAUGUAAGAACUGUGCUGAGCCUCAGGCCUCGGAAGGAGGCCAACAGCAGCCCUGCGGAGGAAUACCGCCCCUUUCACAAGCCAUCCUCACUGCAGGAACUCUGGGUAAAGUAGUCAGCUUUUUUUUCCCCCCCCCUGCUCUCUCUUUCUACGGUUUUUGAAACUAAUGACAGAAGAGAGUUAAGAGGUUUUUUUUUUUUUAAUGACUCCCUCCUUGUUCUAAAAUAGUUGUUAAUAAUGUUGAUCUUACCUAACUCCUCUCUUAUUUAAAAUUCCCGUGGACCUACCAGACAGCCGAAGGGACCAUGGGUUAUGGUGGCUCCCGAAUGCUCCCAAAUCAUCCAGUCUAACCCUUUAGGGAAAAAGACAUCCAGGCGGACGCCGGCCACCAUCUAAGAAACAUAGUGCCAGAUACUGGGAUAGAGUUGUUGCAUAGCUGAUUCGAGUAUAUUUUUUUUCCUAAAAGGGAAGCUUUUUGAGUAAGAUAUUGUAAAUAUGCAAACAACUAGACACCAUUUUUCAUUUAUUAGACUAGCAAAGAUGUUAAAUCCUGUAAUGGCCUGUCAUGUUACCGUUAAAAAAAUUGUAAAUAUGGAAUUUGGGAGGGAAAAAACCCUAUUUUUUUUCCAUCUGCUCUUAAUUCUGUCAAAUUUAUUAAGAUAUUUUAAGUGGAUGAUUGUAAAAUGUCAUUACUCUUUAUGCUUGAUGCAGAGCUGAAGUCAUGCAUUUAAAUUGUGUGUGUUUUUUUAAAAAACAAAAAGAAAAAAAUUAAGAAAGAAAGGGGGGAAAACAAAAUUUUUUAAAAAAUUUAAACCUAAUUGAAAUAUUUUCUUAAAAUUCACGGGGCAGCGCAUUUCAGCUGAGGGUGAUUCUAGGACGUGUGCAGGUAGUGACAGAUUUCACCGCGUGAUAGUAUACGUGGCGCUCACACCUUGCUGAGUGCGUUUGCCGAAGGUGCGGCCUCUCCUGCGCUCCCGGCGCUUUCUGGAAGCUCCAGGGAGAGGAAGGCUGCCCCGGGACCGCUCAGCUUUAGACCCGGUGGGUUCAGAGGCGCCUCUCCGGAUCUGCGGACCUCUGCAGAGGAGACGCUGGGGGCGAGCUGAUUUAUGCGCAUCCCUUUAAAGUGGAUAGAACGCGUGUCAGCUGCCCAGGACCUGGAGAAUCAGAGAAACGUGCAGCGAGUUGCUCACAUCCCAUGUUUUCAUAAGCAAAAAAAAAAAAAAAUGUGGCCUUAUCCAAGAGGCCUGCUGAGUUUUUUGCCUAGGUUUCAGGAGAGGCACCCAAUAAUUGAGUUUUCAUCUGCUAGGCCGCCGGGCAAAUAACAGGUGACUGCAUUCUUUAUGAAAACACGCUCUUUCUGAUCAACUGCUUCCGUCGUCGGGCAUCUGCCAGCGUCCACCAAGGCCUAAAAGUUGUUUGCUGUUUUUAAUGGGAUUUUAAAGAGAAGAACAUAGGCGCUGGCACGGAAAACGGCCUCGGUUAGUACAGCUGAGGCUGUGUGUUUCAUUUCUGCACGGCCCCGUUGCGCCGCUGAAGGGCCGGAUCCACGGGGCACAAGUCGUGCCCGCGGGUGGCUGUGCGGUGGCGGCGCGGAGCAUCCCCAGGUGCGGGGGCGUGCGGAGAAGCGCCGCUGCGGACUCCGAGCCUCCGGAUGCCGCGCCCUUGGGCGCAGAAGCGAGGCUCAAAACCCUCCACGCCUGUCCGUGAACCCUCGACUCAAAAUGGAGGCUCCAACCCCGCGGAGCCCGCCCCGCUCGGGGCUCUCCGCGGCGCACAGACCGCGCUCGAGGCCCUGGACCCCGGGCCUGCGCCCGGCGGACCCGGAGGCACCGGGCACCCGCCCUGGGAGCCUCCCCGCAGCUGCGGGCUGACGUCACUGCCGCCCGAGCGGGCCCCCGCGGGCGUUAGGUGAUGAGGACAAGCCGGUUGAAAUGAAGGUUUGGUGCGGGUGUCCGCUUCUGCGCCCCGCCCCUCCCUCCCCCGAAGAAGAACCGAGUAUUUAAUCUCUCCCGGUUUUAAU